AUGCAAACUAGUUCAGAAGAGUCAAUGAUAAUUGAUCCAGAUUUUAUUCCAAAAGAAACUACUAGCGAUGAGGUUGAAACCGAAAAAUCUGCUAUGGUGGUUGAUAAUACUAUUAGUGAAUGUAAUAAACCAAAAUUUAGACCUGCUAAAAGACAUGAAUUAAGAGGUUCUACACAAUUUCGUGAAAUUCCCGUUCCGCGGCACCGUUUUUCUCCUUUGUUAAAAGAAUGGAAAAAAAUUUAUGAACCUCUUGUAAAACAUUUGAAUUUACAAGUUAGAAUGAAUCUUAAAGCAAAACGCGUCGAAAUAAGGGAUGCGAUUGCCAUAUUACGUGUAGAUGAUCUUUAUAUUGAUUCUUUUGAUAUUAAAGAUGGUACAUUUCAAGAAAAAUUAAUUCAUGACAAGACUAUCUGUCGAGUACUAACUGCUACGCGAAAUUUUAGUUAA